AUGGGAGGCAGAAACACGGUUGCAUUAUGCGCACUAUUGUGCCUCAUUUUGAACGGGUUCAGUUUCGCGCAGGGCUUCAAAGAAGAAAUUUACGCCAAGGUGGUAAAUUUUCUGUCCCCAGGGGAAGACUACCUGAAUGAAACUGGUGUUCGCUCCUUUUUCGAACUGUUGGAGAAACGUGUGCAAUGCGCUGAAGUGUCGUGUGGAAAGUGUCUGUCUGUGGAAAGCCCCGGUCAGCUGGUCGGUAAUUACUCCAGCUCCGAUGGUCUGGACGUCGCUGGGUUCUUCAGGGUGGCAGCAGGUUGUUGUUUUUACCUCAGCGCCACUCCGCAGGCCUGCGCGGCCGUACAGAAGGGACUGUGGAGAAAUGAGACGGAACACUUCGUCCAAAUCGUCACGGGCGAGGACGACCAUGGGCACGGGGCUGGCACCGUGGCAGAGGGCUUGGACAAAAUGUUCCACGCCAUGGAGCAGUAUUACAGAGCCGACGAAGGGCACGACCAGCACUGCCUUUCUUUAAAUGACAUUUUGGAGGAGAGCAACUUCACUCUGAGUGACCCCCACCCCCACCACCACGACCUGGACGCGGUGUUCGGAAACAUCGUUUACCACGCCAUACGUGGGGACUGCAUGGUCGCACACGCUCACGCUCUUCCUGAGGAGAGCUUCUUUUUGGACUUCAUUUUCUUUCGCUAUGGCCCAGAAAACAUCGACCUGCACGGCCUGGAGAGUUUAAUGACAAGCCUUAACCUUUUGAGUGGCGACCACGAUCACGACCACGACCACGACCACGACCACGACCAUGAUCACGUCUCUGCUACUGGGGACCUCAGACUCAGCCAGGAGGGGGUACAGCCCCGAAACAGCAGCUGGGAUACGACGUGUUUCAGUCCGGGGGAGCUGUUAGAGAUCUAUCACCUGAACGGCUCUGGCCUGACGCGGGCCGAGUUUUCACGUCUCAGCCCCGCCCUUAUACAGCAGCUUCUCAGCGGAGCCUGUCCCGAAACCGGCCCUGCACCCGAACCCUCCGGCAAACUCACCACCGCCGAGAGAUACCUGUAUGCCACACUUGCCAAUGUGAUUAUAUGCCUGGCUGCCGCGUUUGGCAUUGUGAUUCUGCUGUGCACGUCCUGUAGCGGAGUCUUCCAGAUGUGUAUCCAGUUCUGCAUUAGUCUGGCUGUGGGAUCUCUCACCGGAGACUCUCUGCUGCAUCUGCUGCCCGUGUUCCUAGGCCUCCACGCACACGGUGAAGGAGACACUCAUGACCACGCGGGAGAGAACAUGGACCACAUCUAUAAACUGCUGGUGGUGAUCGUGGCGCUGUAUUUUUUCUUCCUGAUAGAGGCUGUCUUCUCCAUCAUCACCAAAAAAAAUCAAGCCACUCACAGCGACGAGGACUCAGAUCCACAUCACUGUGAUCAUGGGACAGUUCUGGAAAUGUUUCACAGGAACAAACAGAGCAAGAAAUCCACCUCCCAAGCAGAUUUGGUUGAUGGUGAGGUUGAAAUGAAACUCCCGACAGAGGCGGUCCCUCACUCUAAAGAUAACCGAAUGCUGUCUCUCAUGAUAACCCUGAGCGACGGGAUCCACAACUUUGCCGACGGGCUGGCGAUCGGAGCGGCCUUUUCCCAGUCAUGGAGGUCGGGGCUGGCCACGUCUCUGGCCGUGCUCUGUCACGAGCUACCUCACGAACUGGGCGAUUUUGCCAUCCUGAUGCACUGCGGCUUGUCCGUGAAGAAAGCUUUGCUGCUGAACAUUGGCAGCGCCAUGGCUUCCUUCAUCGGCCUGUACAUCGCCCUGUCGGUGUCCACCGACACAAUAGCAACGGAGUGGAUCGCCGCAGUCACCGCUGGCUUGUUCCUGUACGUGGGAUUGGCUGAUAUGCUCCCUACUCUGGUGCAUGUGAAAAGCACGAGACCUUGGCUCAUCCUCCUUCUCCAGAACAUUGGACUCUGGACCGGAUGGGGAAUUAUGCUGAUCCUCUCCCUCUACGAGGACAACAUCGGAUUCUAG